AUGGCGACUGUUGUGUCCACAGCGGCGGUGGCUGUUGCUGCUCAUUUCCAGCCUCAUCCGACCAUCGAAUCGCCCUCCAGCGCGACGCCCCAACCAAGUGCAUCACCUCAAACACGAACAGCCCCCCCCCGCCCCUCAUUGGAACGCAACAGAUUUAACAGGCUUGGCCUCCCUCGCCACCUGGAAGGAGUCAAGAAGGAACUCAAUCAAGAGUGGGAUACAAAGAACAAAGCUACACCGAAGCAUCCUGCGGUGAGAACAAAGAAGAAGGCAGACACCGCCACCAGCGCACCAGCAAGCAAGAGGACCAAAGGGACUACGUCAAUCAAGUCUGAGACAAUAUCAGAAGCAAUGCUACCACCACCACCUCCAAAGCUUUUUGGAAAUCGCAAAGAAAAAUACGCGAUCCUAACGGACUUUGAUUGCUGCGACGGGCAAUCAGACCCUGCACACGACUACAUGUGCAAUAUCGUAUUGUCACCUGAUGACGGCAAGACUAUGCGAGGUCACUUCAACAUGGUCCAAAAUAUGGACUACAACAUUCUGAUGUUCUUCGAGAAGCGUCCGACUGAGGCAUCCUCUCAAAAGGUCUGA